AUGUACACUGCUAUAAUCCAGCUCCUUUGCGCCAGGGGCGGCGAUGCCAGCAUACAGAACACAGAAGGUCAAACACCUCUGCAUACCCUAUUCCGUCUCGAGGAUGGUGAUGACUGUAGAGUAUACUAUCGCAAAAAGAGUCCUGUAAACACAGCUACAGUAGAAACUUUACUCGCCCAUGGUGCAUCUCCAACCGACAUCGAUAUGGCCGGUAAUACGCCACUACACAUCGCAGCGGCAAACCUAGAAUGGAGCGAUAUCGUGUCACUUCUUCUUGCUCACGGCGCUGACCCUGCGCUACCGAAUUUGAACGGGCAGACAGCCCUUCACCGAGCUGCUGCUGGUACCUACUUGGGACUCAACAAGGAUUACAAGUCACCGGAAAGAAUUAGGGCGCAGGAGGAUGUGUUAUCAAGACUGGUGAAGGCUGGAGGGGUGGAAUUGAUGGAAUUGACGGACUCGGAAGGACUGGACCCAAGAGAAAUAUGUGACAAGACGAGGCAGGGAUGGAAAGAGUUGGAUGGCCCUAAGAGGACCAAGGAUGCAUAA